UAAGCACCUGAGGAAGAGCUUGUUGGCUCGAAACAUGUCGUGCACUGUAUGAAUAAAAUGAAUCACUGAACUACUUUCUUGGUUCUCCGGAGUCCUAUUUUCAAAUUGUGUAAGUCUGCAGGUCUGGCGGGGCCCUGACUCUGAAGUGGAACCAGACAUAAUUACGAAAGGAUCACAUCAUCCAUAAGAAUUUAUCUUUGUAUAGCCAUUGCUGCUGAACUGAGUGAUGGUAUCUGUAUGACUAAAAAAAUUGUUUUACCUGAAAUAAUAAUAACGAUUUUCUUUUUCAGUUACCAUUCAACAGCGAAGAUCCGAUUGAGCUUAUGAAGAGCAUCCGUUAUGAUGAAAUCGAGUUGCCAGAAGACCUAUCAGAGGAUGUCUCUAAUUUUAUAUAUCAACUCUUAGAAAAAGAUCCAGAAUAUCGGCUUGGAUCUGGCGAGGCUGGUGCUGAAAUGAUCAAAGAGCACCCCUUCUUCAGAGAUAUGGACUGGGAACAACUUUUACACCGAAAAAUAAGGCCUCCAUUUGUGCUAAACCACCAAGGCCAUCUGGAGAGCUUGAACGACCCUGAAUGCCAAGCUCCAGCACUGACACCACUUGCUGUAAGGAUUCCAUCAGAGCUGCAAGAGGCAUUCAGAGGAUUCGAUUAUACACCUGAAUAAACAUCAAAACAACAAAUAAUGGUCGGUAUGGACGGGGUAGGUGGAGGGCCAGUCCAUAUUCUCUUAAGAAGUGCCAGCCGUAUAAACCAAGCUCCAGCACUGACACCACUUGCUGGAAGGAUUCCAUCAGAGCUGCAAGAGCCAUUCAGAGAUGUGACACCUGAAUAAACAUCAAAUAAGGCGUUGAACUCCACGGCGCAAUGUCUUCUGAUCCGACACACUGAG